AUGCAGUUUUUAAUUUGUCUUACCCAUAUUAUUUUGGGAGCUUGUGGAGUCUUUUCCGCAGUUAAUCCGGCUACUGCGGCAACAGCAGCCACUGCGGCUACUGCAGCCACUGCGGCUACUGCAGCUACUGCGGCCACUGCAGCUACUGCAGCCACUGCAGCUACUGCAGCUACUGCAGCUACUGCAGCCACUGCAGCUACUGCGGCUACUGCAGCUACUGCGGCUACUGCGGCUACUGCAGCUACUGCGGCUACUGCGGCCACUGCAGCUACUGCGGCCACUGCAGCUACUGCGGCCACCGCAGCUACUGCGGCUACUGCGGCUACUGCGGCUACUGCAGCUACUGCGGCUACUGCAGCCACUGCGGCUACUGCAGCUACUGCGGCUACUGCAGCUACUGCGGCUACUGCAGCUACUGCGGCCACUGCAGCUACUGCGGCUACUGCAGCUACUGCGGCUACUGCGGCUACUGCAGCUACUGCGGCUACUGCAGCUACUGCGGCCACUGCAGCUACUGCGGCCACUGCGGCUACUGCGGCCACCGCAGCUACUGCGGCCACCGCAGCUACUGUGGCCACUGCAGCUACUGCGGCUACUGCAGCUACUGCGGCCACUGCAGCUACUGCGGCUACUGCGGCUUUUGCAGCUAUUGGUGAUACUACAGCACCCGCAAAUUCGUUUCCCGUUAUAAGAAAUCAACUUAAUAAGAUAGCCAGGAAUUUUGGAGGAGCAAUACUACAUGCAACCAAAGGACUAGGUAAUGCAGCAAACAACGCCGCACAAAAUGCCGCUGGAAGUGGAGUUAGCAGUUUAAUCUUGAAUCUACUUAUUUCAUCAGUCAAUCAAGCUGUAGAAGACGUUAUUAAUGCCAUUUCAAAAAAUGUAUUUUCGGAAAUAACCGACUUAUUAAAUAACAUCUCUCAACAACUGACUGAAUUCGGCACAAAAAUUAAAAAUUUACAAGAAUGUGCAAUCAAAAAUGGCCAAUCUCCUGUCAACAUAGAUGAAAUACUCGGAAAAUUAGUACAAUGUCCAGUUAACGCUUUUGCUGAAGCAAGCGGACCUGUUGAGAAAGCUGUACAAGUAAUUACACAAAUUACAGCAUCAAUAACUUCUGAUGUCACUGGUGCAAUUCAAUGCUUUUCAACACCAAUUUUCGGUUUCAUACCAAAUGUUGAAUGUUUCGCCGGUAUUGGAAUACAAUCAUUUUUACGUGGUGUAUCAGAUACAAGUAAUGUUUUUAGCUUAGGUUCAACCAUUGCUAACGAUAUCUUCAUUUUAAUACCAAAUAAUUUGGAUUGUUUCAAUCAACAAUGGAUCGGUAUUGUUCAAACUUUCACCAAAUCUGGUGUGAAUGUUGCUCAGUGUUUACAAUAAAUUCUGAUUCUGAUAUAUUAUAAAUGUAAAAUUUU